UUCCAACAUGGUGACAACCCCAGACCUCUGGGAAAGCCAGCCCCCAGAGAAGUGAAAUGUAAUCCAGAGGGCUCAGAAACAUUUCAGCAAGUGCUAAUAUCAGCCUCCCCAAUACAACCCUGUCAUGUCAGUGGGAAGGGAGAAUUUUGCCAGCUUGCAUGGGGUACACUUUCUGGCACAAGGCACCUGGUUGCUAAGCAACAGUAGCUGGCCUCUCAUCCUCCCUCUAACCUUUUUCUGUUUCUAAGCUUCCAGUUAGCAGAUGGGAGGGACUGAGCCUACCCAGCCCAGGCCAGCCCAUGGUCCCCUUUCCUGCAACAAGGGGUCUAUUCAUGGUUUCUGAGCCGAGUUCAUUGUUUCUCUGGCUUGUGUCUGUGUGCGUGUGUGUGGAGGGGGAUUAAGGGAGGGGUCGUUGUGGGAACUAGGGAGACCUCACCCUCCAGCCAGGCUGGCUGAGCUAUUUAAUAAGUGCUGAUCCAAGAACAGGACCAGAGCCCUACCUAGCAGAACUUGAGGAUUUUUCAUCUUUACUGCUCACCCAUAUGAGCCUGAUUCUGGGUGGCUAAGCCUCCAUGGAGGUUGGGUGUUUGGAGGAGGGCCCAGACCCCAGGAUCUUCAGAGCAGAGCUGGGAGACUCACAGCAGAGGCCUGACACCCAACAACCACCCGUCUCUUGGACAGGGCAUUGGUGUUCCAGGCGGUGCGGCUGUGCGGCGCUGGGAGCACUGGUGCUGCUGGCUGGUGCAAGUGUUGGCUCAUGGAUUCUAGGGCUAUAUCUGUGGCCAGCUGCCUCUCAACCCAUUCCUGGGACCUUGCAGGAUGAGGAGAUGACUUUGAGCUGCUCAGAGGCCCAUGGGGAGGAAGCCCUGGUCCCCUCACUUCCCAGAACAGUAUCUUUCAGAAUAAACACUGAGGACUUCUUGCUGGAAGUGCAAGUGAGGUCCCGGCCAGGCUGGCUCCUGGUCUGCUGUGAGGGCUGGAGCUCUGCCCUGGGGGCGCAGGUCUGCCGGAGCCUUGGGCAUCUCAGACUCACUCACCACAAAGGAGUGAACCUGUCUGACAUCAAGCUCAACAGCUCCCAGGAGUUUGCUCAGCUUUCUCCUAGACUGGGAGGCCUCCCGGAGGAGAGGUGGCAGCCCAGAGACAGCUGUACUUCUGGCCAAAUCGUUUCCCUCAAGUGCUCUGAGUGUGGGGCAAGGCCCCUGGCCUCCCGGAUAGUCGGUGGGCAGGCUGUGGCUCCCGGGCGCUGGCCCUGGCAGGCCAGUGUGGCCCUGGGCUCCCGGCACACCUGCGGGGGCUCUGUGCUGGCGCCACGCUGGGUGGUGACCGCUGCACACUGCAUGCACAGUUUCAGGCUGUCCCGCCUGUCCAGCUGGAGGGUCCACACAGGGCUGGUCAGCCACAGUAUGGUCAGGCCGCACCAGGGGGCUAUGGUGGAGAAGAUCAUCCCCCACCCUCUCUACAGUGCCCAGAGUCAUGACUACGAUGUGGCCCUCCUGCGGCUCCGGACACCGCUCAAUUUCUCAGACACUGUGGGCGCUGUGUGCCUGCCGGCCAAGGAGCAGGAUUUUCCAAGGGGCUCGAAGUGCUGGGUGUCUGGCUGGGGCCACACCGACCCCAGCCACACCCACAGCUCAGACACGCUGCAGGACACGGUGGUGCCACUGCUUAGUGCCCAGCUCUGCAACAGCUCUUGCAUGUACAGUGGAGCCCUCACCCCCCGCAUGCUAUGUGCCGGCUACCUGAAUGGGAGGGCUGAUGCCUGUCAGGGGGACAGUGGGGGUCCCCUGGUUUGCCCAGAUGGGGGCACAUGGCGCCUUGUGGGGGUGGUCAGCUGGGGCCAAGGCUGCGCAGAGCCCAAGCACCCCGGUGUCUAUGCCAAAGUUGCUGAGUUUUUGGACUGGAUCCAUGACACGGCAUGGGUCCACUAGAUGGAGGAGGAGCAGCAGACCCUGGCGAAGAAGUCAUGGAUUUCCCAUUGCUGCACAUGAGAGUUACCACCACCAGCCAGCCUCUGGGCCCUACGGCCUCUCCGUUGGGCCCUAGUUUCUAGAUCUUCCAUGUUACCCGAGAGCUCCAAUGAUGAGAAGGAGGCUAGGAAGGGUUGGGACCCUGGGGGAGCCCCGAGAUGUGGAGGAGGAGCUGGAGAAAAAGAGGAUGCUGGAAACAGCUGGGAGGCUGCCUCUGCCCUCUCCCCUUCCCAGCCCCUGAGCCCAUCUUCUGGGAGGAUGUGCAGGGAUACUCUGGGUCUGCUUUCUUUCUGUGCUCUCGGGUGGGGUGGGGGUGGGGGGAGUACCUCCCUAGAGGAGCCAGUGGCUCUAGAGUCUCCUGGAAAGAUGGGAUCAGGGAGGGCCAGCCCAGAUGAAGCCCAUGGAGUCAGGAUCCUCCCCACUCCCCACAGUUGGUCUCACCUACUUCUUAUCUGGCUCUGGCUGGCCCUGCUGGCAUAGGGGUGGGAGCUGGGUCAGUGUAAGAGCACUGUGGUUGGUGUUGGAAUAGGGUGUUGGUUUUAAAUGACAGUUCUGUGAACUGGUCCAAGGAAUUCUUUUAUUAAAGAAAAGUAAUAUAU